GCAAUCUAUUUCGACAUCUCUGGUAUCACUAGGACUUGGAAGAUUGGUACCCAUUGUGGGAAAAGCGGAACUGCAGAAAUCCGCCGUGAAAUCAAAAAAGCUGAGAGAAACUUCGAAGAAUUCAUGAAAGCCAUAAUAGACGCUGCCAAAAAACAGUCAAUAAAUCCUAAAGAGCUGAACAUUGAGAUUCACUACUGGCCAGUCAGGUGCUGCGUUGGAGGGGAGUCCACUGUAUGUUAUAUAGAGGACGUAACCAGCAGAAAGUUUAAGGAGGACGUAAAGGUCCUGAGCAAGAACUAUGUUCAAGUCUGGGGGGAAAUCAGAGCAAGCCCUUCUGUUCGAAUGACCAAGAAAAGAUGGCGACUAUUGCUUGGCGAUGCUGAAAAGUAUCUCAGGCUUAAAUCUUCAACCUUCGCAACUGUGUCCUUAUCGAUGCAUUGACUGUAAAAUCGGCAUUCACUUGCGAUAAACAUUGGACAUAAAUGUUUUUGACCCGAA